GGUGGGGAUGCUGGGGGAGACCAAGAUCUAGGUGGGUAGAAUGCCGGAUUGGUAUGGCCGGCGGUGGAGCAGUUUUUUGAUCAGCACAGCAUUCGCAUUUAGUAGAUCAUGGCUGAGUACAAAUCCGGUUCCACCCUACCUACUGUCAGCGGUGGAGCGGUGUAUGGUGGUAUGGUGUAUGGUGUACCUUAUGGGCGCGUCCUUUUCCCAUGAUCUGCCUACGCCAAUUGAAGAUGGACGAGCUAUACACUAGCACUACCGACGAACAGAGUAUCUCGCCCGCCAAAGUGACAGCAGCUGUAGAGUGACCGCCCAUGAACACGAGCCG